CUGUGUUUUUCGAAGUGGAGGCUGGCUUGACCGCAGUAAGUAGGAUAUCCCAUAGCCCCAUGGAACAAUGUACAGCAUCAUCUCUCACUUCUGCAAGUGGUUUGCUGCAGAACAAUAUUCGACACUGAAUGGUCUUGAAUUAAGUCAUACUUUCAACUGUUACUUUAAACUGACUUGAAUGGAGAACACAUCUGCAUGAAUACAACUGAAGGCAGAGGCAUACAAUUAUUUCUUACAUUUUUACAUGGUUGUGAAAUUGUGAAAAGACAUGCCUUUUAUUGAAUUCAUAGCCGGGAGUGUUUCCGGUGCGCUGGGACUGGCAGUCGGAUAUCCAUUAGACACCAUGAAGGUGCGCCUGCAGGCCCAGUCUGCUUAUCAAGGGAUACUUCACUGUAUGUCUAAAACAUACUCCAACGAAGGGCUCCGGGGGUUCUACAAGGGCAUGGCAUUCCCAGUGCUGACAACUGGCAUCACCAACUCUGUUGUUUUUGGCUCUUACAGUAACGCCUUGUAUUACCUCACUCAGUCUCGGCACAGGGGCCUCGAUCAGGGCAAACCGGCCUCCGCUCCGCAGGUCUUCGCUGCCGGCUGUUUCUCAGGCAUGAUGCAGGUGUGUGUUAACGCACCCAUUGACCUGGUGAAGGUGUGUCUCCAGGGUCAAACAACCGUUCAGAGAUACCGUGGGCCUGUUCAUUGUGUCACCGUCAUCCUGAGGGAGGAGGGACCCAAGGGUCUGUUCAGGGGAGGGCUGGCCAUCGCCCUGAGGGACAUACCCUCCUACGGACUCUACUUUUUACCUUACGAAGUCACCCGAAAGGCCUUGACCCAGAGCGGCGAAGAGCCAGGUACGUUCGCAACCAUGAUGGCCGGCGGCAUGGCGGGCGUGGUGACCUGGGCCUUUGCCACGCCCAUGGACGUGGUUAAAGCCCGGCUCCAGAUGUCAAGGGCCGGCGGCAGGGAGUACAGAGGGGUCCUCCACUGCAUGAGAGUGAGCUUCAGGGAGGAGGGAGCGAGGGUCUUUUUCAAAGGCCUCCUGCUGAACAGCCUGAGGGCUUUCCCCGUCAACGCCGUCAUGUUCCUCAGCUACGAGAGUCUGAUGAGCAUGUACUGUCCACCGACCACAUGACCUCACUCUUAGCCGUGAAGAGGUGCUCUCCUUGCUGUUGAAAAGAAGAAGAAAAAACAGAGCUUCCCCUGGUGUGGACAUUUUAAUACGUGUACACAAUUAGACUGUAGGUCAGAUAUUCUCAGAGUUAUGUAACAUUACCGGUUGAACCAGUCUCAGUUUUAAGAUGACGAUAUGAUAGUUAUAAUCACAAUACAAGUGUUUAUCUAAAAUCAGCAAUGAAACCCCAAAUCGCUGAAACUAAAACUAAAAAACAUUAACACAAGGUGCUAGAAAAUACUUUAUUUUAAUUUCCUGCAGUGUUCAUGAACCAUCAUUACAUCUUCACUAAUGAGUUACAUUAGCGAAUACCUUUUACACAAUUGAUUUGCAUGUUCACAAACAAACUGCUCUCUUCCACACUUCUGAACUUUUAAUGAUACAAAUACACACACACAAAAAUAAAAUAUGUAUUUUUGGACUUUUCCUCUUGAGGCAGCAUUUCAAAGAAUUAAAAUGGAAGAAAAGAUGUAAAAUAUAUAUUCGUAGUAGGGUAUCAAUCGAAGCUCAGGUUUUAUAACCCUUUUGUUUCUCCAAAUAAACAAAUUCUCAAAACAAUAACCAGGUAGAAUGAAAAUGUUAAUGUUUAAUCUAAAAAGGAAGAUGUUCAACUCAAGACAACCCAUAGGCUCAUGUUCAAAAACAGAUGCCGAAGUAUGAGCACAUAACACAACAACUGCAAAACUCUAAAAUGAUCUUCAGACAAUGAUUAACACAGAUGUGUCCCGUCAGACGCCUGAUGGAUUUAGUUAGUUACGAAAAUGUAUAUGUCUGGACUCACACACCAUGUGGUGUAGGAGACUCGCGUGAGUGAAGCGCUAUGGUCAGAAUAAAAUUCAUAUGUACAUUAGAUUAUUGACACAAUGCAAGCGUUUUUUGGCACAGUGUCAAUGAGGGAAAACAAUUGGCUUCAAAAGUAUCACAGACGUAUUCAUGAGCAGCCGAUAUGUGUUUGAAAGUAUCACCGACGACAGGGUGGCUCAGAGAUGACACUUUCAUGGUAUAGCUUUUACACUCAACCGUGUUGGGAUAAAUUAAUAGUGGUUUGAUCCAUGGGACAGGAAGCUUUUUUUGGAAUGGAAACUGGUAUAUUACAAGUUAGGGCUAUGUUUUUGCAGUUGACUCUACUUUUGGAGGAAAAACCAAAAGUACAGUAGGGCA